AUGUUGAGGUCAAGCGAUAGCCUGACACUGGAAAAUUCAUUGAAUGCUUUUGAAAGAGAAGAGAUACUUCAAGCUUUAGCAAUUGCCGGACUACUGAGUCAAGAGAAGGUUUAUCUAGAGCUUACAAACGAAGCCGUAAAUUUCGCGAGAAAAGAAAACUUUAGUUUUUCGCAAUUAUGCGCACUCGUUUCGGUAACUAAUAGAGUGUUGAAAGAACUUUCAAGUUCUCCAUUCGACGACAUACAGAACGUCCUUAAUGUAUCGGACAAAAUUAUGAUGAGUUACUCUAUCCAGAGGCCACCUCACUGCAUUGAGUUGUUUUCAAUCGCCGAUUCUUUAAAAUGCGUUGAAUUUCUUGUGGACUCGUUGUUUAGGCACUGGAGACUUUACAAGUUCGCUUUAGCUCCAACAGCACGCCUCGUACCUCAACUCAUUUACGAUACGAAAGAUUAUGACUCGGAAAUUGUCGACUUGAAACCAUCAGGAAGUGAUUUACUAUACUCAAUUUUAAAAUAUGCACUCGAGGAUCAAAUUGAAGUCAUUAAACAAGAAAAUCAAAUCAGUGAUUGA